AACAACGGACCGGAAGUGGUGUCGUGCCGACUGAAGCCAUUAUCUGUGCUAGCGCUAUUUAACCACAAAGCUAACAUUUUAAAGUCGCGUACUUAAGCGGUCUGAAAAGGCUGUACUAUAAUCUAACUGGCUCCUUAAAGCUACCCAGUUUCCAGUUUACCCACCGCAUGACAGAGGUGCAGUCGUGAAAGUAAUGACUAAUUUAUAUUUAGGGGUCAGGUUGUAUUUUUAGCAUUAGCCUCUGAAGGUCUGACUGGCAGACAUGGAGACUCGGGGAAUUGAAGACAUGUUUGACUUUCGUCGGUAAGUCAGCUAACUGCUAAGUAGUGUAAACUGCUCGGUUAACCUUCACUUAGCGCUAAUUAGCGCAAUAAGCGUUGAAGAAAUACACAGAGGAUAUGGCGUCGACGACGUUUAUUAUCGGGCAGCUAACCAGUAUAGUAGAAGAUGUAUUAAUUAAAUAAUCUGGAAAACAUGCAGCUAGAUAGCCGAUACUGGCAACGUUAUAGUAAACAAGUCAUGGAUAGCGUUUGACAUGAAACCUUGUCCAGUGCUAAUUUUAAUAAGCACGCCGAUCAGUUGCAGCAUGAAAUGCGUGAACUAGCUAAUCUUAGAUGUCUGUUGGUUUCAUGUAUUCACUGCUUGCCUUGUGACAACGAAGAGUGAAGUUUAAGAGACUUAAAUUUUUUUGAUCUAGACGCAAAAGUCAGAGAUUAUAUCUGAGCGCGUGUAAAGGGGAGAAAAUAACUGACAGCAAAAGUAGCUGUCGUUGUGUACUUCAAUACUAAAGUGUUUUUGACUUGAAUAGAGGGCGGACAUGAGGCCUGUAGACAGUGGUAAUGACGACUAGAGCGUUUAUAAUGAGGUUUCGAAAUGUUCUCUAGCGCUUGACUGCAGAGGGAAUCGAGUAGUGACACGUGUAAUAUUGGUAAAAACGCUGAAACAAAAGCAGCUCUAACUCUGCAAUUGGUUUUCAUAACGUGUGUACAAUACUGUGCCUCGAGCCACCUUUCAUAGCGUCAGACUUGUUUGUAAUUUUUUUUAAGUGGUCUUGAGCAUCGGUUUUCCAGGAUUUCUGAAGGUCUUUCAACGUUAUUCUUUAGACACUUGCUGCCUUUUCACUCAUUUUCAGUCCAGUCCUUGUAACGGACCACUUAACACUGAUCUAUGAUUCAUUCAGGAAUUAAAACAGUGUUGUGUCUACACAUAGCAGACAGCUUGGCAAAAAAACAAUGUUAAAUUACUUUGUUAUCAGCAGUCUGUCACAAAAACAUAAAGAUAAAAGUUUGACAGAUGUAAUAUAAUACUUUUGUCACAACAAGGUGAUUCCCAAAGUGCUAUUUGCUGAAAAUUUGGCAUAUUGCAGCACACUAUAGUGUGCAGUGUCCAGUUAAUUUGUUUUUAGGAAACUGGAUAAGGGGAGGACAAAAGAAUUGGCAGUGCUUUAAAAAUUAUCAACAGCAGAUGAGCCAGUAAAAGUCAUGUCACAGGACCUGAAAGAUGCAUCUGGCCCUGCAGUUGACCCAAACAACAAAAAGCACCUAAUGCAAGGGAUGAUGUUGUAUCUUUACAUAACAGAAAACUUGGUAACAAAAACAAGUAAUUUUACAUUGUAUCUUUUGGCACUUUUUUACUUGCAGUCUAUAAAAGAAAAAACCUAUAAAAUGUUCCCAUUUCUUUAGUUGAAUCUGUGAAAAAUGUCAAAAAUAACAGUUUGGCAGAUGUCGAAUAAUAUGCUUUCUAGAAAAAGGUGAUUCUCCUCAAAUUUUCAUGCCGAGAUCUGCUAGCAUGAAAAUAUGAGGAAACUGGACAAGAGGGGGACAGAUGAAGUGGUUGGCUUAAAAAAAAAAAAAAAUCUACGGCAAGCGUCUGAAAGUCAUGUCCUUGAGAAACAGGAAACAGUCCUUAAGAAACAGGGAAAAAAAUCUGCCAUAGACCUGACAGGACCUGAGAGAUACAUCUCCCCCUUUAGUUAAUCCAGCUACUGUUCACUGAAGACUCAUUGGAAAUGGUCUCAGUCUAAGGGUCGCUGUCAAGAAGCCCUUUUUAAGGAAGGGAAAAGAGGAGAAAAGGAUGAAGUAUGAAAAUUACACAAGAUCAGUGGAGGACAGCGGGAUGAUGGAGUAAUGAAUCCACGUUUUUGGUUCAACUCCUCUUCAGUAUGAACAGGAAAGAAUUGCAACAGUUUCCCAAAGAUGCUGUCGUUCUUCUGCUGUUGCUGAUUUACUUUCCAGUCGGCAUUUCUUUAAUGUUCAUACGUAUUUUUAUUGGUGUUCAUGUGUUCCUGGUCAGCUGUGCACUUCCAGAGAGUUUUAUAAGAAGAUUUGUUGUGAGGGUUAUGUGCUCGGUGCUGGGGAUGCAUGUGAGACAGAAAAAUCCCCGCUCCAGAGACAAAAACACCAAGCUGUACAUAUGCAAUCAUGUGACAGAGUUUGACCACAACAUUAUCAACCUCCUGACCCCCUGCAGCACACCCCAGUUAGAUGGCUCCACAGGCUUUGUGUGCUGGGCCAGAGGCUUCAUGGAAAUCCAUGCAGGCUCCGGAGCCAUAGGAGAGUCUCUGCAGAGUUACUGCUCUGCUGAAGGCACCACACCUUUGCUCCUGUUUCCUGAAGAGGACACCACAAAUGGCCGUGCCGGUCUUCUCAAAUUCAGCUCCUGGCCUUUCUCACUGACUGAAUCCAUCCAACCUGUGGCCUUACGGGUGACCAGACCAUUGAUCUCUUUGAGCACACCGGAGUCCAGCUGGCUGACGGAGCUCUUAUGGACAUUUUUUGUUCCAUGGACAGUGUAUCAUGUAAGUUGGCUCCCAACAGUAUCCAGACAAGAUGGCGAGUCGACACAGGAGUUUGCCAACAAAGUCCAGGAGCUGCUAGCUGCUGAGCUUGGCUUGGUCGCCACCAAAAUCACUAAAGCUGAUAAAGCAGAGCACAUCAAAAGGACAAGACGCAUUGUUCCACAAACAACCACAAGUGUAACACCUGGUUCUAUUGGGCUUGGAUUCAUGAGUUUGGGCACAGAUGACCGCAGGAUUGCUAAGAUGGCUCAGCAGGUGAAGGACGUGUUGCCCCAUGUUCCACUGAAUGUCAUCACAAAGGAUUUAGCAAAAACCAAUUGUGUUGACACCACCAUUACAAAUCUGCUGGAGAACAAGGAGGAAACAUCAAUGGAAGCAGCGGGGAUCUCUACUUUUGGCCCUUCCAAGAUCAGCUCCUAUUCUUCUGGUCCUGCUUCCACCUUAAAGCCUGCUGCCAAAACUUUUGGGAAAUCACCAACCGACAGACAUUUGUCUCUCCAAGAAAGAAAAGAAGCGCUGUAUAACUUUGCACGAAGACGCUACAUUGAAAAGCAUGGAUUGGAGCAGGAAGACGGUCACUGAACAGUCUGGGUCAAGCAAUUAUGGAAAGAAGCAUAUUCACGUUGCAUAGCUGUCUGAUUUGAAUGAUGAUUUUAUAUUUCCCCAAACAGUUCUGUUGACAAAAAGGAUUUUGUUCUUACGUAUUCAGGACAUGUAUAAGUUCAUGGAAUGGUGAUUAUGCAUGUGUUCAGUUUUUCAUUCUGGCUGAUACAUAAUUUUGAUAACAGUUUGUAUUACAAUCCACUGACUGUGAAUCAUCUAUUUAUUUUUAUAAUGUCCAGAGUUGUUGAUGGAAAUAAACCUCUGCUUGACCUUG